CGCUGCGGAUCACAACUGAGCGUCACUGUGCUCGCCGGGCUGAGGUCGGCUCAGCAACCAUGGCGAAAGGCAGAGUCUCCGAACGAUCGCAGACGGGGGCACUCCGCGCGACCCCAGAGGGGGACGGAGUAGCGGGGACGCGGGGUCCUGCGGCGCCGGGCGGCGGAGACCACCUGAAGGAGAAAGCCUGGGCAGAAGCUGGGUCAGCAAGAAUGUCACUCCUUAUAUUGGUGUCCAUUUUCUUAUCUGCAGCUUUUGUUAUGUUUUUGGUAUAUAAAAAUUUUCCUCAGCUUAGUGAAGAAGAAAGAAUGAAUAUGAAGGUUCCCAGAGAUAUGGAUGAUGCCAAGGCUCUAGGAAAAGUUUUAUCCAAAUAUAAGGACACCUUUUACGUACAAGUACUUGUAGCUUAUUUUGCUACAUAUAUUUUCUUGCAAACAUUUGCUAUUCCAGGCUCUAUAUUCCUCAGUAUACUCUCAGGGUUUCUUUAUCCCUUUCCAUUAGCCUUAUUUCUUGUUUGUUUGUGUUCUGGACUCGGUGCCUCAUUUUGCUAUAUGCUCUCCUAUUUAGUUGGGAGACCAGUUGUAUAUAAAUACCUGACAGAGAAAGCAGUAAAAUGGUCACAGCAGGUUGAACGUCAUAGAGAACAUCUCAUUAACUACAUUAUAUUUUUGAGAAUAACACCAUUUCUGCCCAAUUGGUUUAUUAACAUUACAUCUCCUGUGAUAAACGUGCCAUUGAAGGUUUUUUUUAUUGGCACUUUUCUAGGUGUCGCUCCUCCCUCAUUUGUAGCAAUUAAGGCAGGAACAACACUGUACCAGCUUACGACAGCAGGGGAAGCUGUUUCCUGGAACUCAGUAUUUAUUCUGAUGAUUUUGGCUGUUCUUUCUAUUCUGCCAGCCAUCUUCCAGAAGAAACUAAAGCAGAAAUUUGAGUAAAAAAAUCAUCUGGUUUUUAGUUUUCCUAUCAUCAUCAUCAUCAUCAUCAUCAUCAUCAUCAUCAUCAUUUUAGGAUUAGCAGUUGCUUCCAUUUAUGUUUUUAAAUCAUCUCUUCAGUAACUGAAACAAGGAAUUUGUAAAAUAAAAUUUUCUAUCAGACAGUUAAAAUAAUGCAUUUAAGUGUCAAGAGGAGAAAAAAGUAAAAAUGGAAAUUGAUGUACUAUGAACAAUGCUGUCAAUAGUUAACAGUAAACAUCUUAUAAAUCACUAAACUAAGGGUAGCUAUAAAUAAUUAAUAGUGGCAUGGUAGGAAAUUUUUGAUCCAACUGAAACAUUCAAUUUAACUUAACAUUUUUCUCUCUUAUCUCUUGCUAAUAACUAAAAUAGAUAUUUAGAAAUUCUAGAUUUUUAAAAAGUGUUGCUGUUCUUGCUAAUGUUAGCCCUUUUUUCAAAGCAUAAACUGGAAAACGAAAGCUUUAAAGAGAUUUACAUUUUUUUCCUCUUUUUAAAAAACCUUUGAGGUAAUAGGUUUGUUUAGAGGUCAUGUCUUAGAUCACUGAAUA